AUGGCGGCUACACUUGCGCAGACCACGUUAUCAAAGACCUCCCUACAAUCGCUAGCUGUGCCUUCCGCAUUUCCCGGUCACAUUGGACAGAAAAAUAUCUUCAAGAAGUCUGAAGCAUGCUCCCUGUCCACAUCCUGGUUCGACGAGGAGGCGUUCCUCCGUGCGGUCUCCGCGGGUAGCAACGUGAUCCCCAUUUCCCGCCGCAUUUUCAGCGACCAUCUGACUCCUGUCCUCGCUUACCGCUGCCUCGUUAAGGAGGACGACCGCGACGCCCCAAGCUUCCUCUUCGAGUCUGUCGAAACCGCCAACGACGGCCGGGCGAGAUCCGGUCGCUACUCGUACGUGGGAGCGCAGCCAGCGCUGGAGGUGGUGGCGAGGGGGGUGGGCCCAGUGUCAGUGGUGAACCAUGACCUUGGGAAGAGGGAGACGAUCGAGGGCAAGGACCCGCUGCAGGUGGUGCAGGACCUCUCGGCCACCUGGAAGCCAGCUGCCUGCGACUCUCUGCCCAACUCCUUCUGCGGUGGCUGGGUGGGGUACACGUCAUACGACUCGGUGCGCUAUGUGGAGUCCAAGAAGCUUCCUUUCUCCUCUGCACCAAUGGAUGAUCGCCACCUGCCAGACGUGCACCUGAGCCUGUACAACGAUGUGGUGGUGUUCGACCAUGUCACCAAGAUAGUGCACGUGGUGUGCUGGGUGCACGUAGACGACUACCCCUCCGCCUCUGACGCAUUCUCGUCGGGCCUCUCCCGCCUCUCCACUCUAGUCGACUGCCUGCAGCCCGCUUCAGCCCCCGUGCUGCCGGCAGGUUCAGUGAAUCUGGACACGAGGCAGCAGGGCCCGCCCGCUCAGUCCACGAUGACGCGGGAGCAGUUUGAGGCGGCGGUGCUGUCUUCAAAGGAGAACAUCCUGGCGGGGGACAUUUUUCAGAUCGUGCUCAGCCAGAGGUUCGAGAGAAGGACCUUUGCGGAUCCGUUUGAGGUGUACCGGGCUCUGAGGAUCGUCAACCCCAGCCCUUAUCUGGCUUACCUGCAGGCACGUGGCUCCAUCCUAGUGGCUUCAAGUCCUGAAAUCCUCUGCCGAAUCUCAGGCUCGACUGUGGUGAACCGGCCGCUAGCGGGGACGAGGAGGAGGGGGCAGACGGCAGAGGAGGACUUGGCUCUGGAAGAGGAUCUCCUGGCGGAUGAGAAGGAGGUGGCUGAGCAUGUCAUGCUCGUGGACCUGGGGCGGAACGAUGUGGGGAAGGUGUCGGUGGCGGGGUCAGUGGUGGUGGAGAAGCUAAUGGAGAGUGACUCAGGUAUAGCUGGCUUCCGCUUGCUGCGGUCACGGGGCAGCUCCCCUCCCACCUCACCUGCUGGGACGCCCAGCGUGCCACGCACUUUCCCCUUGAUUUUGUCCCCUCGACCCCUCUCCACCACCCUCCACCACCCUCUAACCCUCUUGCUUCCACCAACAGGUCACGGGCCGCUUUUCCCCCACCUCACCUGCUGGAACGCCCUGCUUUCCACCCACUUCCCUGUAUUGUCUCUUCUUCCCCUCCCCAUCCCUCUCCACCCCUCUCCACCCCUCUCCACUUCUCUCCACCUCUCUCCCACCCCCCUCCACCUCUCUCCACUCCUCUCCACCCAUUCGCAGGUCACGGGGAAGCUGCUCCCGCAACUCACCUGCUGGGACGCUCUGCGUGCCGCCCUCCCUGUGGGCACCGUCAGUGGCGCACCAAAGGUGCGAGCAAUGGAGUUGAUAGACGAGUUGGAGGUGACUCGCCGAGGCCCCUACGCGGGGGGCAUUGGGUACGUGUCGUUCGCUGGCAACAUGGAUUUCGCCCUCGCCCUCCGCACCAUGGUCUUCCCCACCUCUUCUGCUAGCCGCUCCGACACCCUCUUUGCUUACAACAGCAGCAGUGGUAGUAACAGUGGCAGUGGCAAGGGUGGUGGGGCAGGGGCGGGGUUGAAGCGGCGGCAGGAGUGGGUGGUGCAUGUGCAGGCGGGGGCGGGCGUGGUGGCGGACAGUGUGCCGGCAGCGGAGUGGCAGGAGACAGUCAACAAGGCUGCUGCUCUCGGCCGCGCCAUCGACCUCGCUGAGUCCGCCUUUGUGCACGCUGACAGGGAGUAG